AUGUUGUGCAAUAUCUACUGCGACUGACUAGAGAGCUGUAUUGGCUUAGUUGCAAAAACGAAUAUAUGUAUACAAUGAUUUCUCAUGGUACCAAAAUAAGUAUUUCAGUUACUGUGCAUGUGUAUACACACACCGAGUAUAUACCUGCGUGCGAUAAUUUUUAUUUUUAUACAUAAUCUGAAAUAUUAAUUAUCUCAAAUAAUUAAAGAGUAAUAUAAUCGAAACUUCUAUGCUUGUCCUAAACCCCAAUUUCUUUAAUCUAAGCUGUCAACAUACAUCAGCAGAAACAGUUAGAUUAAAUAGAGUUUUUGCGUUGCAAUAGCAAUGUCUUUAAAUGGAACCGAUACACGGAGUAGGGUCAUAAUAAUUGAGAAUACUCGUGCGAUAUAAUCCUAGCACACAGUAGUUUGUGGACAGUUAUAGAAGCGACUACAAUACAAUGGCUUGGUUGCAAGUCUUACUUUGUUAUGUUCUGUCCACCAUAAUAAUUGUUACUGCACAAUACAGGGAUGAUCCCGAAUAUAAUGAUUUUGAUUUCUAUGAAGAUCUAUCAGCGGAUUCGGGAGGUUCUGAUAAAAAAUAUAGCAGCGCUGCUCAAGAAGAUUUUUAUAUCACAAAGGUUUUCGAUGAUACGGAAAAUUGGCACGACACAAAUUAUCCCGAUUCGAAUCUCCCUGCCUUCGGGAAUAAUGUUGAUUCCUUUAAGAAGAAAGAUCUGUUCAAAAACAAGCAAUUUGGUUGGUACAAAUUACCCGAAAAAGUUUACAGAUACACUAAGCAUCGAAUUCCCGGAUACGAUUACGACGAAUUUGAUUAUACACGUUCCAAAUUUUUUCAUGAAUGCGACGACAAAUCGGUCUGGACGCAUUGCCUUUGUCAAUUCACGUGUUUGAAGCGAGACGUAGUAGAUUGUUACACACCGUGCAAAAGCGGAUGCGAGUGCAAGGAAGAAUACGUUUUCGACGAGAAAACUCAAAAAUGUCUAUUACCCGAGCAAUGUUCGUCAGAAGACAAUUAUAAUUACCAAAUAUAAUCGUAAAAUAUAUUGUAUAUCGAUACAUAAUAUUUACGAUAUUUUUUCAAUGAGCUUCGUUAAGUUACUUUUUUUGCGACAUGAAAAGUAUAAUUAAUUAUAUUAUAAUUAUUAUUAAAAUGUGCCGAAUAAUUUACUGUGUAUUACAAAUAAAGAGAGUUAUAAUCGAGAAAA